UAAGCAAUGUAAGACGACAAAAUAUAAUUUUAACUAAAAUCCUAAUCAAUCCACCAUUAAGUAAAAUGAAUUGGAAAUUUUAGAUAAAUCUUACACACUCAUGGCUCCACGUAAAGGAAAGUCAUCAGCUCCUCAAGAGCAAAUAAGUUUAGGUCCUCAAGUUGAAGAAGGUGAAGAUGUUUUUGGCAUCGCACAUAUUUAUGCCAGUUUUAAUGAUACUUUUGUACAUGUUACUGAUAUUUCUGGAAAGGAAACCAUUUGUUGUGUCACUGGUGGCAUGAAAGUGAAGGCUGACAGAGAUGAAGCAUCCCCAUAUGCUGCUAUGUUGGCUGCUCAAGAUGUAGCUGAAAAAUGUAAAAAUUUGAAAAUCAGUGCCCUUCACAUUAGAUUGAGGGCAACUGGUGGUAACAAGACAAAAACUCCAGGACCAGGAGCUCAGUCAGCUCUACGAGCUUUAGCUCGUUCAGGAAUGAAGAUUGGUCGAAUAGAGGACGUAACUCCAAUACCAUCUGAUUGUAACAGAAGAAAGGGUGGUCGUCGUGGAAGAAGAUUGUAAAUUAAAAUAAUAAAAAAAAAAUAGAUGAGAA